UUAAGUUUAUGUUCUCUCUCUGUUUCUUCUCUUCAUAGCAGCUACACCUGGGCUCAUUUCUGUUUAGCUGUGACCCCUUCCUGGAGGGAAGCUGAGCUACUGCUGCCAACAACAUCAGGUUCCCCUUCAGUGGAUCACACACCUGGAUCCACUCCGGCCACAUGCAGAACAAAGACUGAACUAAACACAGGAACAACAGAGACUGGUGAAACCCCUGAAUCCCAGUAGGCCCAGUAUGAACCCAUCUUCAUGAUGAGCUGCUAGGAAGGAGGCGUUGUCUCUGAAAGCAGCCAAAGACCUGAACUGUGACGUUCAGGAAGUAGCAGAUAAAAAAGCUUAAAGUAGGAAGUGUUCAGAGUUUGGAGCCACAUCCUGAUCACAUCAAGAGACGAAGCUUCACUCCACAUCCAGAGGAAACAUGGACCAAACAGCUCUGAUGCUGCUUCUGUGUCUCUGCAGCUCAGAAUGUGCACCGAUCAGAUGCCCAGAUGACCCAGAUGACCCCGAGCCAAUAAUGAAGCCAGCGCUGUCUGAUGAAUUCAGACUGGUAGCAGGAAGGAGUCGCUGUGUUGGCAGACUGGAGAAGAAGAAUCUGGGAGACUGGGAACCAGUGAUUGAUUGGAACUGGGACUUUACAUCAGCAGCUGGAGCUUGCAGACAGCUCCACUGUGGAUCUGUGGUGUCGUUACAAAGAGAUGAGGACGACAAUGUAGAGAUCGUCUGUUCAGACUCAGUCAGGCUGGUUCAAGGGACCAACCGGUGCUCAGGCAGACUGGAGGUGAAGACCGACCAGUCGUGGUCCUCAGUGUGUGAAAAAGACUUUGACCUGCAGGAUGCAGAGGUGGUCUGCAGGGAGAUUGGCUGUGGGCCUCCUUCAAUCAAGACAACAUCAGGUUGGUGGGAGAGGCCAGCCGAUGUGCCGGGAGACUGGAGAUGUUACAUCAAGAAGAGUGGAGACCAGUGA